GCCCCCGCGUCGUGUCCGCUCGCCGGUGACGCAGUGCUCGUAUUCCCCGUUCGUUGAGGCUCGUCUCGGCCAUAUUAUCUUCCCGUGUCCGGAGUCGCCGUCUUCCCCUCGUCGUGUCUACUUCUCCUCAUGGCGAGCCCGUAACACAAACACCCCCCACCCCCCCCUUUCCUCAGCGGCCGCAGAGCGUUGUGGGGGAAUCAUGGCGGCCGGCGGCAGCAGCAGCAGCAGCAGCAAGGCCUCUGCCGGGGCCCUGGAGGCCGCUCUGGACAGGAAGAUGCAGGCGGUCACCAACACCAUGGAGUCCAUCCAGAGCCUGUCCGGCUGGUGCAUCGAGAACAAGAAGCACCACGGCACCAUCGUGCACUACUGGCUGAAGUGGUUCCGCAGAUCUGGCUUCUCACACAGACUGAACCUCUUCUACUUGUCCAACGAUAUCAUCCAGAAUUGUAAGAGGAAGAACGCACUCAUCUACCGCGACACCUUUGCCGAUGUCCUCCCUGAAGCUGCCUCUCUGAUGAAGGAUCCGUCUGUGUCAAAGUCUGCCGAGAGGGUCUUCAAGAUAUGGGAAGACAGAAGUGUUUACACCGAGGAUACUAUUGCUUCUUUCAGAACUGCUUUAAGUGGAGGUUGGAGUAAACGGGAGAAAAGCAAAAGUGCACGUCCUAAACCUGCAGAGAAACCUCCAGAAACUGUUCCAGAGACUCCCAAAGCCGUCUUAAAAUCGAAGAUUGUGGCUGAAUUCAGGCCUCAAGGUCUGAUUGAUGACUUGCUGUCUUACAAGCGCUCACUGGAUAAUCUCGACCUCAAAGAGAAACAGCUUGCAAACAUGAGAGUUGAUGUGUGCAGCACGGAAACGCUAAAACGCCUGAAAGAUAAAGCGGGAGGAAAGAAAUUUUCGAAGGAUUUUGAAGAGGCAAGCGCAAAGCUUGAGGAGUUUGUUGGCCUCCUGGACAAGCAAGUUAAAAAUAGCCCCUCCUUGGCAGAAGUUAUGGAGAAUGCCGGAAUAUUCUAUGAGGCCCAGUACCGUGAAGUCAAGGUUGUGGUGAAUGCUUAUAAAACGUUUGCUAAUCGAGUGAGUAAUUUGAAGAAAAAGCUUGAUCAACUAAAGGCAACUCUACCUGAUCCGGAGGAGUCUCCCGUGCCAUCGCCGGCCAUGGAUGCUCCUUCGCCCACCGGCUCAGAGUCUCCAUUUCAAGGAAUGGGAGAUGUGAGCCCAUUGUCACCAGAAGUUGAGCCGGUGCAGUCUGAUUCACCUGAGCCUCCAAAGGACAAUCGUAUUGUGGAGGACAUGGAGUUGUCUGAUGUGGACGGUGAUGAAGAAAUGCCUGAGAUAAUUGUCGAAGAAAGAAAUGAUCAUUCACAAUCUCCAGCAUCAACUUUGAAGGACACAGUCGGCUCUCCUGCAACCACUCAGCAGAGUGAGGCCACAGCUACAACUCCUGUCGUUACUUUGUCCCCAUCCCCUUCACCGGUCCCCAGCAGUGCACCAACACAAGUCCUCUCCUCGGCUGUGACAGCUGUAACAUCUGCUCCAGUAUCAACAGCUUUUGCUAAAACAGUAACCGCUCCUGUCAUUUCCCCAUCAAUUCCCCUUGGAUUGCCAAACUUGCCCAAUGUAGACUUGGGAAAAAUCAGUUCCAUCCUAAGUAGCUUAACUUCUGUCAUGAAGACAUCAGGUGUAAGUCCAGCAACCAAGCCUUCCCCUGGUACCCCAACAACACCAACAUCUAAUUUAGGUCCAGCUGCAAAGCAACCAGCACAGAGUGCAUCAAACCCUUUGGCAAAUAUAUUUUCCAAAGUGGAGAUCACUCCUGAAAGCAUUCUUUCUGCUUUGUCUAAAACACAGGUUUCCACCACCCCAAAUUUGCAAGGUCUUUCUAAUCUGAUUCAAAGCGUUGCUCUACACAGUGGCUCAACAACCAUCACUACUUCAACGGCACCCAUGAAUACGGCUGUUCAAACUGUCAAAGAUAAAAAUACCCCAUCUGUAACACCACCUUUUCUUCCUAAAACGUAUGGUUUUUCUCCCACGAACACAAAUGCUGAUGUUUCAUCCACAUCUGUGUGUAAGCCAAACGUCCCACCUAGCUCAAAUGUGAAACAACCAGCAUCCAUUGUAUUGCCAUCUCAGCCUCCCGUGACAGACGAGAAGAUCAGUAGCCAGCCUUCAGAGACGCGAAAAGCCCCUGAGGAAGUGGAGUCUUCAAGUCUUGAAAUGAAGAUCCAUAAUUUCUUGAAAGGGAAUCCAGGUUUUAGCGGGCUAGAUUUGAAUAUCCCUAUUCUCAGUGGUUUAGGGUCCACCGUUGUUCCAGAACCCUCCUCAGAUUAUCAAAGUGGACCCUCAAGCACCUCGCUGGAUAAUGUAGAUGGAACUCCGGUCCGUGAUGAAAGAAGUGGAACGCCCACCCAGGAUGAGAUCAUGGACAAGCCGACUGCCAGCAAUGUCGAUAGCAUCUCUUUGUUAUCGAAGAUAAUAAGCCCUGGCUCUUCUACCCCCAGUAGCACACGGUCCCCUUUGUUAACUAAAGACACGGAAUUUCAGAAACAUCAGCCUUACAGGUCUUAUGGUAUUGGUGGAAAUUCGCCAAAUGCUUACCGACAGACAUCCGACGCUAUGGAAAAACUUUCAGGAGUCGACUCGACAUUGGAGCAGUAUUUUCCAGACACACCAUUUCACGAAGAUGAAGACUACCGGGACUUUGAAUUUGCUGGGCCACCAUCUUCUUCUGGUGGGAAUGUAGAUAAAAGACCAUCAAAAUCUAUCCUGAAAUCAGGCAUGCAUUUAGAUUCAAUGGAAUAUCCACCAUCCCAGAAUUUCAACCAGACACAAGAUUUUAGACAGACCUUUCCUCACUCUAUGCAACCUUCUUUUAACACUGGGGAGAAGGGCGGCUCAUUAUCUCCAUCCUCUGAUAGAUACGGCGGCUAUAAUAUAAGAGGAAAUAAUCUUGAGACCAGCUCCUCACCAUCCCCUCCAAAAGAUGAUCCUUUUUACGCAUCUGACACUAACCAUAAUGUACCAAUGCUUCACUCAGUCAUGGGGCAGUCGCAGUAUCCAGAAUCUGCUCAUGCUCCUCAGAACAGACAGUCAAAUUUUCACCCCAAUAAUAACCCUCCUCCACGAACAGUUGGCGCCGAGCAAUCGUCUUCCACUCUUUCAGAAUCCACAGCAAUGGAAUUUAAAAAUAUGCUAAAGAACGCCUCCCGCAGGCCAUCUGAAGAAACUAAGUUUGGACAGGCAAGCUUUAACGAAGACGUUCAGAUGUCUGGUCGGAGCCAUACUGGAGGAACGUCCGAAGACCGAUCGGAAGAGCAGUAUCGCAUCGAAACUAGAGUUUCAUCAUCAUGCGUUGACUUGCCAGAUAGUACUGAAGAAAAAGGCGCUCCUAUUGAAACCUUGGGGUAUCACAAUAUGGGAAACAUGAGGUACCCUGGGGAGCCAAUUAAAACUGUAGAAUCUAUGAGGAUUGGCAUGAAAGCUGGAAGGCCACAUGGGAUUGAUGGGAACAGAAGUGGUUGGUUUGAAAUGGGUAGUACAGGGAGUUCUUUUGAUGAUGGUCCUCCAAGUGCUGACGAGCAGCCUCCUGUAGGUGGCAGCACUGGGUAUAAAGCACAGUACGAGGAGCACUUACCAAGGUUUCAGGACUCUGUCAGUGACUUUAGGGCAAAAAAUCUCCCGCCUUUUGAUCAUCUCUUGCCGCCACCCCCACCGUCCAUGGUUUCUCCAUUGGAUCGGGGUGGACCGUUUCAAAUGGAGCAAACAAUGCCCCCUAGUGGCCCCCCACCUGGCUUGCCACCUGAUCAUGGAACCAUGUUUUCUAGAGACAUUUCUGUCUCUUCACGGCUGCAAUCUGUGGAACCAUCAAAAACAUUGCCUCAUGUUCCUCACCCUCCCCCCCCAGAACAUGGCGGAAAUCCUUUCCCUAUUCAUCACUCAACAGAACAUGGCGGCAUUCCGUUCUCACCACCUCCUAUACACAAUCCGUUCCCACAGGACCAUAACGCAAUCCAUCAAGGGGCGAUGGAGCCUUUCCCCAUGCAUCCUAUGUCUGCGCGAGAUCAUGAACCCUUAUCUCGUGAAAAUAGUAGUCAACACAAUCAGCCUCUGGGCAGGAUGAAUGAACCAUUGGGUCCUAUGCCUAGAGACCACCAUGGAGGUUAUAGCGGUCCUCCACAUCAUGUUCACCCACACGGCCCACAUCAUAUGAACACUGGUGGCAUGCGAGGACCACGACCUCUGUUCAGACCUAGAGAACCAUACCACAAUUUAAAACGACCACGGCCACCUUUUGGAAGGGGCUCGCAGUUUUUCCCCCCAAAACGGCCUUAUUAUCAACCAAGAUACUAAUGCAGCAGUGGCGGAUUUUUUUUUUUUUAAAGCUGCGGCACUGGAAUUUGUAUUUGUCCAGUUAAGCCUUUGGUUUGGAAGUUCUGAGAUAUCUGUGAUAAAAGCUGAAAAAAGUAUGUUUGCUCACUGAGGUAAUAAUAAUAAAAAAAAAAAAUCACAUGAAAAAAAUGACAUAGGGGAUUUUUUAUUUUUUUUUUUCUUUCCAAUACUCACAUGGUGUCCAAGUUCCAAAAGGGCUAAUUUGACCCUAACACUCGGUGGCAAUGCUGUUAUGGUUCCGAGAUGCCCAGUAUCAAACAAUUCCUAAUAAACCCUACCUGAGCCAAUCAAUGAAGUCAAAAACUGUCCUCCCGUUCUUUUCAUUGAAGCCAGUCCAGAUCAGCCCAUUGCUUUCAAAAUCUCAGAUAGUUAAAAGAAACGCAACUCCAAAUGCAGUAAAGCUACGGUCCAGCAUGGCACGUUUCAGGACUUAAUCCGGCUACGGUGAAUUGCAGCCUGAUGUCCUUUCAGUAUGAGGAGGAGAGUAUGAACACGUGGUGGCUUUAGCAGUACUCUCAAGUUGUGCAUGGAUCUGCUUAGUUAUACGCGUCACACAAUUAAGAGUACUCCGUUCAUUAGGGCGUGUCGGAUUAUACCGUUACGCCCAGUGUUUGUACUGAACACGUAUACAAUGCCAGAACCUGUAUAAUGGAGAUUGUACUCAUGAGCCUUAGUUUUCUGUGUGCAGUAUGUAAAAGCCAGCAGAACUAGUACGUCUUCUAGGGUGAUAUCUCUAACCAUUAUGUAUGCAAUAUGAAAAAAAAUUUAAUACACAUUAACAAAAAAACGAAUAUAUUAAUUUAGUAUAUGUACAUAGCGUACAUUUGUCUUCUGCAUCCUAUUGUAACACAAUAUUGUAUGUGUGUCCUCCACAAUCUUAGACCUCAAGUGCAUGGCCGUAUUUUAUCAUCUUACAACCGGAGUUGUACGGUGUCAUAACACCUUGCCCUUAAUGUACCACAAUCUUGAUUUCAGAGUGUAUUUUUCCAUCUUAUUCUCAUUCGUUCGAAUUGAAAGAAUUGGUGUGCUUCAUUGUCUGCUGUAUGUAUGGAAGCAGUGGUGGCUGGGCUUUCUAGUACAUUAUCCCUGCCGUGGGCAUGAGGCACUGCCUUGAUGCCGACUAUGUUUAGUUGCAUAGCACUUUCCUGAUCGUUCACGUUGGUGCCGUAUACAUAGAGUAGCCUGCUGCGUCCCAGUAAACAUUAACAGAUUUCAAUAAUACAGGUUGCUCUCGGCUUUUACUGCCUGAAGAAGAAAUACGAAGCAAUAAUCUCUCCCUUGUGAUGAACGCUUCUUAUUUUACUGGCAGGUUUACAGUUUGUGGCUUUCAUGCACCUAUAAUCCAAUCCAGAAUACCUUCUGUGUGUGCAAACUAAAAAAAAACAAAAAACCUUUUUUGAAUUCUGUCCUAUUUUAAAGAACUUGUUUGCUUGUAUGUUGUCAGUAAACAUUAAACUGCUGAUUUCUU